GAUGCCUCUGGAUGUUCAAUGAUAGCACUCCUCCAUACUGGAGCAGCAAAGUUUCCCCAAAACUUACUUCCAAGGGCAAGACAAGCUGUGUGCUCCCUCCUCCUGGCUGGUGUUCUCAAAGGGUACGGCUCCAUCGUAAGCAGGAAACUGGCGUCCCACGGCUUUGGAGCUUCCAUGGCAGCAAUGUCAUCCUUCCCUCCACAGAGAUAUCACUACUUCUUAGUGCUGGAUUUUGAGGCUACGUGUGAUAAACCACAGAUUCAUCCUCAGGAAAUCAUCGAAUUCCCUAUCCUGAAGCUGAAUGGCAGGACGAUGGAGAUUGAAUCCACCUUUCACAUGUAUGUUCAGCCUGUGGUGCAUCCCCAGCUUACGCCCUUCUGUACAGAGCUGACUGGGAUUAUUCAAGGCAUGGUGGAUGGGCAGCCGAGCCUCCAGCAAGUGCUUGAGAGGGUUGACGAGUGGAUGGCGAAGGAAGGCCUCUUAGAUCCCAGCGUCAAGUCGAUUUUUGUGACCUGUGGAGACUGGGAUUUGAAAGUGAUGUUACCAGGACAGUGCCAGUACUUAGGGCUGCCGGUUGCUGAUUACUUCAAACAGUGGAUUAAUCUGAAAAAGGCGUACAGCUUUGCCAUGGGGAGUUGGCCAAAGAACGGGCUCUUAGACAUGAACAAAGGACUGAACCUACAGCACAUAGGGAGGCCUCACAGCGGGAUAGGUGAGUGCUGCCGCCCCGCGCUCUUCCCAUCCCCGCGGCUGCUGAUCCGG